AUGUCAACCUGCUACACGCCCUUCCUAAGGUUCUACGGUGUCCCCGCUCCGGGAAAAACGCUGCCGGCUCCGAUCAGCUGGGCUGGACCGAGGCAGAGCAUGUAUGCAAAAGAUGGACGAAACGCUCUCUUCCCCGUCUGCAGCACCACUUGGGCAUUGGCCGACUGCUUGCGGAAGUACCUCCCCGUCUCUCGUGAUUGCUACGUAGCGCUGGGCUUGAGCGUCAAUGACGCGGCAACCUAUCAAACAGACCUCGCCGCCAUGGAAUUCCAGUGCACCACGGGAAUUGAUGCCCUCUAUACCAAUUUCGAUUGCUAUCAGGCCGCCAUCGUCCAGCACGUCAACGAAAUUGAGCAGUGCAUCACGGAUUACGGGAAGAAUGUUAAGGUUGACGUUUGCAAGGCGAUGAACACGCUGAUGGACUGCAAGGCCAACAUCUAUGGCAAGGCCUGCGGCGAUCAGCAGCUUCCGGAUAUGGCGCUAUUAUUAUUUAUCUCUUUUUUGGCAGCAGUCCAAAUUGCCCACGCUCAAUUUCUGCCCCCAUGCAUCCCAAAGUAUUACGAGCCGAAUUAUGAGGAGCCAUCGAUGGUGUGCGUUUGCAACGCAACUUAUUGCGAUGAGAUAGCCUCUCCUGGUGUGCUUGGAGCUCAUGAAGCCAUGGGCUACAAAACAAAUUCGGCAGGAAAACGCCUUUGGAGAGAUGCAUAUUUAUGGGAGGACGUUCAGAGGCACGACUACGUCAUUACGCUCGACCCAACUCAAAAAGAUCAGGAAAUCUUCGGAUUUGGCGGAACUUUCACCGAUGCUACUGGGAUCAAUUUGAUGAGUCUCAAUGCUUACGCCAGGCAACAGCUGAUCGAUACCUAUUUUUCUGUUAAAGGAAGCCAGUAUACCAUGGUAAAAACCGUUAUUGGGAGCAACGCGUUCUCCGCCCGCGUUUAUUCAAAUAACGACAAUGACGGGGAUUUGAAUAUGACCAAAUUUGCGUUGACGGAGGAGGAUAUAAAGUACAAGAUUCCGUUAAUAAAGCAAGCCAGAGCUGCGACUAAUGGACAAACCCUAGCGGUAGUAGCUUCUCCGUACGCCCCGCCAGCCUGGAUGAAGGUUAAUGGGAAGGCUGAGGGAGGAUCGCCGUUGAAGAAUCCGUAUAUGGGCCCUUAUUUCAAGUCAUAUUCGGACUAUCUGAUCAAAUGGGUAGAACACUACCACGCCCAGGGCGUCCCAAUCUGGGGGAUGACGAUCGGAGCAAGGCCGUAUGAAACCGGAUCGGUGAAACUUUUCCCGACGCAAACUCUUCAGAUGAAUGCGACCGAGCAGAGAGAUUUCAUUCUCUCCUACCUGGGGAUCGCGAUGCAACGCUCUGCGGCGGCCAAAAAUACCAAAUUAAUGAUCGUCGAUGAUGGUCGGGAACUUUUGCAGGAAUGGGGGUAUUCGAUACUAAGCGAUGGUAUGGUCAACAUGUACACUAGCGGAUUUGCUGUCCAGCAAUACGGCGACGACUACAGCGCUCCUAUUGACACCUGGGUGGUUCAUACCCAGCAUAGAGAUAAAUUCUUUUUGUAUACAGAGGCAGCCACCGGCUGGACCGACUACUAUCCGGGCGUGAAAAUGGGAUGGUGGAACCGGGCGGAUCGGUAUAUGAUGAGCAUGAUUGAGAAUAUUUCACAAUGGGUAAACGGUUGGAUCGACUUCAACAUGGUAUUGGAUGUGAAUGGAGGGCCGAGCUGGGCAAAUUCUUCCUACGAUGCUCCGAUCAUUGUUAAUGCAACGUCCCAGGAAUUUUAUAAACAGCCGCUUUAUUAUGCUAUCGCGCAUUUUAGCAAGUUCAUUCGGCCUGGCGCUAUAAAAAUCCGGCUCUCCGACAAUGACGAUCUGGUCGAGAUCGAGUCGACGGCCGCGAUCAACCAGUCCGGGCAACGGGUGAUGAUUUUGUUGAACAGCGGGCUAAGCUGGAUUGAGAAUGUGACGAUUGUGGACACGGAGCGGCCAGGCAAGUUCCUGAACCUCCAAAUCGGCCCCCGCGAAUUCCAAACCAUCAUCUGGGACGCGCCGCUGAAUCCCGAAGUAAUGGCUACAAAAACUGAC